AUGGAAAACAAUGAAAAAUAUGCCAUUGAAAUUUUUCGUUAUCAUAAACUGACAGCGACGAACGCCGAGAGUGGAAAUUUAUGCUCACCGUACCACUUGAAACAUAAAUCUCUUCUACAACUAAAUAUGCGGAAGACUAAGAGCGAAACGUUGUCCCUAUUGGGAUUGUUUACAUUGCUUAAAUCCUUGAUAUGUGCUCUUCAGAGCUCUGCAUACCAGAAAACCACAACAAACUUACACAUUUACAUAGAAAAACUUUCAUUAAGACUUAAUCGUUGGAUAGUUUUUAAUUGUUUGACAUUCUUGUGGUUAAAGCUUGUUUCUCAAAGCUUAUCAUAA